GCGAAGGUGGUCAACCGCUCCACUGAAAAGUAUUCGGUCUCGAAUCUUGGAAGAAGCAAUUGAUCAAAACAAAACUCAGAAAUAAAUACACGCGUACAGACAACAUAUAAAACACAAGGAAAACCCCAACAGUUUACAUAAAAAAUUAUAUAUGUUCAUACUUAUAUAGCAUACAGUAUUUUAAGAAAUGUUUGCAUUGAAAUUACGAGUAUCGUCAAAUAAAACAGCAGCGUUGUUGUUUUUAUUUAAGGUGAUGCUGCUGAUAGCGCAACAUCAGCCGGUUGCUGCUGCCCCCAGUGCAGUGGAAAGUGCCACCGAAAAUUAUAUCUCCAGGCGUAUAGCAGACAUCUUCAAUUUGAGCGAAUCAAAUUGGCCAACUGAAAGAGUAUUGCAAGAAAAAUUUAAUGAAAUUGCCCAACACAUUAUUGCCGAUGAGAAGAUAACGAAUGCUACAGCGGUGAAAUUGGAAAGUCGUUUUAAUUUGCUGGAUACGCUCGCAUAUUGUGGCGAAGGCUAUGUGUAUGUGUUGAGACGUUGCAGAAAACUGGUGUAGCAACUAGAAGGAGAUUGUGUA